AUGAGCCCGAUCUUGAGCGUAUCUACAAAGAUUGAGAUUGCUGCGUCGCCAGCCGUUGUCAGGUCAGUGUUUUUGGACUUUGCGCGCUAUUCGCAAUGGCAACCCGGCUGGAACAUUCAGCCUGUCGACCCCAGCAAGCAACCUCUGGAUCUGAAAGCGGGGGACGGCCUGAAAGUCAACAUGAAUGGAAGUACACACAAUCCAGUCGUAGUGGAGAAUUCGCCUGAAUCCUUUCAGUGGGAGGGGUCGUUAUUCGGACUUGCCAAGGGCGUGCAUCAGUUCCAUUUCACUCCCAGCGAAGCAACUCCAGGAAGCACCACUUUCACUCAAGGAGAGGAUUUCCGAGGACUCUUGAUCACGCUCUCUUCGCCGUGGUGGAACUCAAGGAAAUUCGAUCUGGGUCCUUGGGACAAAUUCAACGCUGAUCUGAAGAAAGAGGCUGAGAAGACUUCGAAACCGGGCUCAGAGGCGGAGCAUUAG